AUGUCUUAUCCUACCACACCAAUGAGUCAUAGUCCUCCUUCACCCGACUCACCCACAUCCGAUUUACCCUACCUGAGCAGUCCUAAAUCACCUCCACCUCUUCCUUCCUCCCCGUACCAAGCCGAUCCCGUCAUCAGCCCCUUCUCUCCCUCGAUGAGUCAACCAACCACAGCUCGUCCUCAGAAACAAGACGUCUCGUCGAUUGGAUCAUCUAGUAGCAAUGGAGGAACAGCCAAACAUCGACCCAGGCCUUUGGACCUCAAAGCUCCAGCCAAUGACGGAAAAGGGACGCCUUCAUCUUCGCAAUCCGCUCAAUUCGAUACAAAGGACCCGUUGACCUCGAGCGAUUCUGUUGGAAGCUCCAUGUCGGAGACUUUCGACGAGCUAUCGAGGUUGAGACGGGACGUAUUGAAAAACCUUGAAAAGCGUCCUGUUGCCAUAUCAUCACGAUCAAGUGCAUCCAGCGAUACUACAAAUUCAGCACCGGCAGUCACCAUACAUCCCCCUAAGAGCGACGAUAACGCUAUAGAGCUCUCUGAAUUUCUUUCUAUACAAUCCGAUCAGAGACGAUAUCUCAUCCUGGACACCCGACCAUUGGGAGAUUUCCUAGAAGCCUAUUUUCCUGGUUCAGCCAAUAUCUCAAUUCCCACGCUCAUGCUCAAGCGAUUUAAAGCCCGAUCAGGUGAUAAAUGUACCACUUGGGACGCCCUUUCAGCAUUUAUUUCCACCCCAGAAGGCAAAGGUAUUUGGGAUAAGCUCAACCCUUGUCAACCACUGGAUGUUAUUGUCAUCGGAAGAGACGGGUCGGACAAUUUACCAUUCACAGUUCAAAAUGUCCUCGAACCACUUCUUGAACAAGGACGGGCCAGAGUCCUCGUUGGUGGUUGGAAUGCUGUGCUAUCAAGUCCACAAGCACGUAGUCAACUAGUCGUCACCGCAGAAUGGACCGAGAGCGAGGUGGAAGGAGGAGAAGCACUGCCCCCGCCACCAAAGUCCGCACCAGCGUUCGAUUUCCCUCCACCUCCCAUUCCACCCUCAGUCCCUCUCCGAGUGUCCCAUCAUCCCUCCAUGCCGUCUCUAAGAUCUGAAGGUUCUUCAGCCCCAUUCCGCGUCAACGCACCAGGAGCUAUAUCUACUCGACGUACCCCAAAACUCAGCUUGAGACUAGACCAACCUCUUAGGAGUGCCACCCUUCCAUCCGAAGGUUCCAACUUUUUGACCGCCACCUCAUCAUCGUUUGCCUCUGGUCGAAAAUCCCCUGGUCUCAGCAUCUCCGUUCCUAAAUCUCCUGGUUUUCUAUCUGUCCAGGCUUUGUGUCAUGAACAGUCCAAACGUCCCCCAUCACCCAGUACGUUUGGAGCGGUACCUCCUCCCCCUCUCGCGAACAACGAUGAUACGACCGAAUCUCUCCUUUCGCCUCCAUCUCCAUACUCUGCUUCCCACACCGCACGACCAGGGAUGAGAGAUUUGGGCUCGGCCACCUCAUCAGGUUCUUCUUCCGGAUGGCCUACCAAUUCGUCCAACUCGUCUGAUCAGUCAUCGUCGAUGAAUUUGACAGCACGGAAUGUCAUAUCUCCUUUUGUGGUGACGACCAUUUUGCCCAGCUUCCUCUAUCUCGGACCGGAAAUUGCGAGUAUGCGGGAUAUUGAAGAGUUGAGAAGAUUGGGGGUGAAGAGGGUACUAAAUGUUGCGAUAGAGUGCGAGGAUGAACAUAGUCUUGGGUUGAGAGAAAAGUUUGAGCGAUAUCUGAAAGUACCCAUGAGAGAUAUCGUUGAGGAGACUGGAGUAGCACGAAACCUCCGAGAGGCAUGCAAUUUCCUAGACGACGCGCGAUUACAUUCCUCUCCUACGUACGUACACUGUAAAGCCGGGAAAUCCCGAUCAGUCACCGUCGUUCUAGCCUACCUCAUUCAUGCCAACGCCUGGACUCUGAAAACUUCAUAUGCCUACGUCGCCGAACGUCGGAAGGGUAUCUCACCCAAUAUCGGUUUCGUGGCAGAGUUGAUGCAGUUUGAAGAGUCCGAACUGGGUAUCCGACAGUCUGGUGGUGUUCAUGGUGAGGCAGCUAGGGCAGGUGGGGCGGCUGGACCGUCAAGAGGAGAGGAAAAGGAUGAUAGUCCGAGAGAUAGGAAGAUGAGGGAAAGUUUACCCCCUGCUUGGGCUAGUAGUUUAGAUUCAAGUAGAUUACCGAGUCCGUUAGUCGAUGUAGAGAAGGACAAGUUGGAGAAGGAACAAGAAGAGAAAAGGAAGAUUGGAGAGGAGAGGGAAGUGAGAAAGAAUGGACAAUGGGUUCAUCAACGAAGAGCACCGGUGGAUCGAACGACCCUUCAACCCGGAAGGAGAGUUUCCAAAGCAGGUCUGGAAUCACUUCGUCCUCUAGCAUCCGUCAAUCCUUCCACUAGUCCCCGAACGAGUCCAGGUUUGUCUCCUAGUCCAGGAGGAAAAGAAGGAAAUCACGCUGUUACACCUGGAGGAGAAGGGAGGUUGAAUUGGGUAUGA